UAAAUAACUCAAAAUUCAGUUCCAAGCUCCGUUUAGUUUCUCUAUCAUUUUUUCUGAUUCUUCUCAGCCUCACACCGCACUUCUCUCUCUCCACGCCUCACCGCACCCGAUUAUUUCUCUUCCUCCGAAUGAAUCCGCCGGAGAUUCCCUUCGGCGGAGCCCCGCUGCCGAAGAAAGAGCUUCAACUCCAGGGUCCGCGGCCGCCGCCUCUCAAAGUCAGCAAAGAAUCUCACAAGAUCAAGAAGCCGCCGCCGCACCCGGCGCACCACCACCACAACUACCCCCACGCGCCGCCGGACCAGAACCUACAACAACAGCGGGAACCAGUGAUAAUCUACUCCGUCUCCCCGAAAGUCAUCCACGUCACCCCCGGCGACUUCAUGGACGUGGUCCAGCGCCUCACCGGAGCUUCCAUCGGCGAAGAACCGCCGUCGGGACGCGGCGACGUGUCUCCGGCGGCGAGGCUGGCCUCGAUUGAGAAGACGAGUCCUUCGGAGAGAGAAAGAGAAAGGGUUUUGCACAACAUAGACGACAACAUCGCGUGGAUGUUGGGGGAGGGAGUGGAAGUAGGUCAAUUUCCGGGGAUACUGACGCCGGAGCCGGGAACCUUGCCGCCGAUUCCGGCGGAGGUAUUUUCGCCGGUGAGAGAGGCGCAAACGGCGGCGUCGUAUUGGAACGACUUUUCACCGUCGUAUUGGUCGGCGAGCAGCUUCUUGGCGAGUCCGUCGGGGUUUCUUUCCGUCACCGUGGCGUCCCCGCAGCCGUCGCCGAACCUGUUCAGCCUCUUCGACUUGUAAUAUGUUUUUGUUUUUUUUUUUCACUUUGUUUAAUUAUUGAGAAUUUUCAUUUUCACAUUAUUAUUAUUAGUGGCGAUUCUAUCUUGAGCCACUGUUUUUGUACAAUCUGUAGAAAAAAGAUCACAAAGACUUUUCCGUUUGCUGGCUUCCUGGUCUA